UUAAAAAGGAGCAAAACGCCACAAGCGCUCAACAAACUCAAAUUAUCUCCGUCUUAGAUUCUUUUGUCAAUUGAAGCCAAUAUGCAACUUGUCAUUUUCGCUCUGAUGCUUUCAAUAGCUGCAGCUGUGCCAACGUAUGAAUUUGUUUGUCCGAGUGGAACUGUGUUAAGAGGAAGAAAAGAUUUUACUGGCCAACAGACAGAAGGGACUACUUUUGCCGGCUUUACUUGUUGCCCCAUAGAUUAUCCAGAUCUUUACUAUCUUAAUGAAAACUAUUUUUGUUGUCCUUCUGGAACUGGAGCUUUCUGUUUUUCAAACGCUUGCAAUUGUAAAUUUAAACCUAUAAAAGGUGGGAAAGUUCCAACAAUAAAGAAAAUUGGAAAUUAGGUACAAGCAAAAAGAACGGUAAAGAAGUCAUCAACCAAUUACACUGGAACUGGAAAAAUAUUUUCAUAAAUACAAUAAAUUUCUUAAAUAUAAUUAAAGAAAUACAAA